UUUGCCAAAAUGUUACAGAAAGAGCAAAGACCGGCUGCUCCUGAGGAGAUCGAAGCUAGGCGAGACAUCAGGAAUGCAGUUCAAGCUGGCAUGGCUGGACGCUCGCUCGACAGCAACCGAAGCAAUAGCGGAAUACCUCACCUACGAGCCUCUGAGCAGCAGGAAUAUCUUCAGACGAUGGACGACUGCAACGAAGACCAUUCUCGACGGCAAUCUCGCAACAGCGACGCCAAACCCAAGUACUCCUGGCGGUACUUCACUCCGGAAGAUUUCCUCGAUCACAACGACGAGACGGAAAUGGACCGGUUGCUGUCUCGGGGGAUCGUGGUUCCAAUCCGCCAUGUGGGGAGACUUCGGCAGCCGCACCUCCGACGAGCGACCACUACGAACACUCGGGGAACUCCCCAGCGUGGGAGUCGCACGUUAACAUGGUCCGAUUGA